AUGUCCACUUUGGAGAACAUCGAGGUAUUUAAAGUUUCUGAUGCUAGAAAGAAGACCUUCACAGUUAUACAUGAGAUAGAGACUGAGUCAUAUGAUUGUGAGUGUAAACUAUUUGUAAGGUGUGGUUAUCUAUGCAGCCACCUUUCCUUCCUCCUCAAAAACAAAGAUGUCAACAAUAUUCCAGAGAAGUAUGUUGGUAACCGGUGGCUGAAAAGUGAAUUGUUGAAGGCAGUUCAUGGUCUCACGAGUGAUGAAAGUGCGUCUGACAAAGGAUCUUCAUCAGUUGAUAAAAAUGAUUCAAUCAAGAAUAUAUAUGGUAUUGAUGUACUUGAAGAAAUAACUGCACAUGCUCCAAAUGUGGUUAGUACAAAGGGAGGUGCAAGUGACAAGAAAAGCAGGAUUAAGUCGAGCAUAGAGAAAGCAAUUGAAAAAACAAAUAAACUUCAUAGGCGUUGUGGAAAGUGUCAUAAAGUGACUGAUCAUAAUGCCAGAAGUUGUGGCAGAAAGUAG